UUGCAACACCCCAGGGUGAAUCUGCCAAGUACUGCUUCAUGGCUGCUGUGCCUGUCUCCAGUGGGUGCAGCGGCUACAGCUCUGGCGAAAAUGGGCGAGUUCGCCUGCGAGCUCGAGCAGGCCUUUACAUGCCUCAAGUGCCGGUGCCGUUCCAGCUCUAUGAGGCGGCGACUUCAGCCCAUCGAGCAUCGCUGGUGUUGGCCAUUGCUGCGUCUGUGGCUUUGAAACCCAUGAGGAGGAGCUGGAGAGCUUCGCCUGGGCGACAUCGUUCCACUGCAGGCGCAGCGCCUUGGGACAAUCUCUUUGGUGCCCCUGCAGAGCCGGUGAAGCUGCCGUACAGCACCAAGGAGGUUUUGGACUCGCUGAAAGCCAGCGUGGAGGUCAUGGUGAAGUCGGGCGUUCCCCGUGCAGACGUGGAGCUCCCGGCUGGGCUGCGGCUGGGAUUCGAGAACGUGACGGAUGCACUCAUUAUGCCCAAGGAAGAGCCAUCACCUGAACAGAUUCUGCAGGCGGAUCGAGAGCUUGCUCGAGUCUUCUUGGCCAUGUUCAAUAAGGCGUUGAAGAAUCGCUUGAGCAUCAUCUUUCGCACCAGUAAACAAGCGGCCUACGCGAAGCAGCUUUGGGGCAAGUCGGCUCUAGGGCAUGCUCGCAUCGUCUCGAUGGGCAAAGGCGGAGCCAAGAAAGGUGCUUUCACCUCCUCUGAUGGAGAUAUGGCAGCUUCCUUCAUUCGUUCCUUGAAGGUUAUUGGCAAUGCCUUUGUGGUUCUGGUAGCGCCACGGAAGCCGCAGCUGGAAGCCAUCGCCCGCGCGGCUGAGGAGGUGGACAGCAAGACCUGUUUCAUCCUGCUGAACGCUCGCCUGCGUGGCCUAAAGAAGCCAGAUCCACUCCGGGAGGAGCUCAGUGCGGGCUUCAGCCCGGCCUUCCAUGUGCGGCUCGUGAAGAAUGGUGAAGGGAUGGUCUUCCGGCAAUUGCAGGAUGGCACUUCACCAUGGAUUCUGGCACGCCGCAGCUUGCCCAGCACGGUGGCCACGGAGGUGGCUCGGAGCUUAGAAGAGCCGACGCUGGAACGCAUCGAAGAGGUCUUUGCGAAAUCUGCAGAGACCUAACAGAUGUGGGUGUGCAAGCGUUGUUUGCUAGAAGACAGAUAGA